AUGUGUCUCCAGUUUCGCAAGGAGAAGGCGAAGCCGAGAUCGAACUUCAUCCGCCGCAUGACAACCAUCCGAGGGCGAGGCUCGCCCAGCCACAAGGGACAUGCCAUACUCGAUGUUGUUGCAACAGCGCUCGCCGGAAACCUCAAAACCCUCAUCGGCGUCGAUCUAACGUUGGAUGGCACACUGAAGACGUUCCACGAGUGCGUCAAGACACAUGUGAGGCAUGUCUACGACAUGGCCAGGGGCCGCGAUAGGCUUCUGUCCCGCGAGAAGUUCGCAGCCUUUCUGAAAAUGACCCAAGGGGUCGACGACGCAGAGUGGCUCAAAUGCGAGAAGUACACCUUUGACCAAUUCUUCUACAUCUGGAGCCACAACGAGUCCGCCUGGCGCGCUAGCGGCAAGUCCAACCAAGAUGACCUGGAUACCACACGCCCCAUUAGCCAUUACUUUAUCAGCAGCAGUCACAACACCUAUCUCGAGGGCAACCAGCUCUCCUCCAAGAGCUCGGCCGAGGCAUACCGUGCUGUGCUGACAAAUGGAUGUCGCUGCAUCGAAAUCGACGUCUGGAACGGGCCGCUUCCUCGCUCACCUUCCAAGUCACCAAACCCCGGGCAUCGGAGGCAGUUCUCCUCGACCUCGUUUUCCCGAGUCGCUGGAGAAAAACUCGAGGCGCUUAUGAGCAUCAGGGCAAGCCGGCAACACAGCCGUAGCCCGAGCGCCGUCCAAACCGCUUUUCCAGCUGUGGAUCCUAGGGAAAGCGGCACGACGCUCGACCCGAAAGAAUUGAGUGACCGCCUUGAGCUACAAUCGAGAGACUCGUCCAGGUCGACGCUUAGGGUGGAGCCGGUCGUACACCACCAUGGGACCAUGACAUCCACCGUCGGCUUCCGAGAAGUGUGCCAGGCCAUCCGAGAGAGCGCCUUUGAGAAGAACCCGUUGCCCAUCAUCGUCAGCCUUGAGGUGGGUGCCGACCGCGAGCAGCAGGAGGUCAUGGUAGAUAUCAUGAAGGAGGAGUGGGCAGGCCUACUGUUGGACAAGCCGUUUGACUUCUGCGAUCCCUACCAGCGGCAGCCUAAUCUAGAGGAGCUCUACAACAAGAUCUUGAUCAAGGUGAAGCGCCUGAGCGAUUGUCGAGUGGAGGCGGAAGUCGAGAGGGGGAGAAGCCUGGGGAUCUCGGUCAUCCGCUCCAAGCCGCCCAUCUGCGAAGCUCUCGCCGCGCUAGCCAUCUACACCCACAGCGAGCACUUUGAAGACGAGAGUUCCCUCGCAUCGCGGACUCCGAGCCACAUCUUCAGCUUGAGUGAGGACAGUUUCAUGUCGUUGGCCGAAGAUACAUCCAAGCUCCACAAGCUUCUCAUGCACAACCGAGACUUUUUCAUGCGCAUCUAUCCCAAGGGCAUACGCGUUGACAGCAGCAACCCAGACCCGACCUUCCACUGGCGGCGGGGCGUGCAGAUGGUGGCCAUGAACUGGCAGAGGACGGACGAGGGCAUGAUGCUCAACGACGCCAUGUUUGCGGGGACUAACGGGUGGGUGCUGAAGCCGCCGGAUCUGCGCAACGACAGCAGCGCCAGUGAUCUCUCUGAAAUGUUCCACAUCCGGAAACGCACCCUCGACCUGCGCAUCACGGUUCUUGCGGGACAGUUUCUGCCCUUGCCCGAGGACCGGCGGCGCGGCGGCGGCUUUGGCGUCGUGGGCGACAAGAAGUUUCGGCCAAGGGUCAAGGUGGAAUUGCAUGUUGAGAAGCCGCACAAGUCGUUCGACUGUGCGAAGGAGACGCGGCCUGCUUCCACGGACAAUCCUGACUGGGGUCUCUAUCCGGCGAGUCUGGAUUUCGUGGACGUGAAGAAUGUGGUGGAGGAGCUGAGCUUUGUGAGGUUCAAAGUCGAGGAUAGUGCAAGCGGUUUUCGCGACGACUUCGUUGCCUGGGCUUGCAUCCGUCUGGACCGACUUCAACUCGGGUAUCGGUGCGUGGAUUUGCUGCAUCCCGUCACACGCCGGCCUUGCAACGCGCAAUUAUUUAUCAAAGUCGAGAAGAUUCUGAGAGAGUGA